UCCUCAGAAUCUUGACGCCCGCUGAUCCAAAGAACCGCAAGCAUGAGGCUCCUCUGCUUCAUCGUGGCCGCCUUGCCAGCCUUCGCAAUCGCCGGCCCCGCUAUCCCAGACGAUACCAGUCAGCCCUUCUCCGCUGCGAGCGCCACUACAACUGACACAUCGCCCCCCGCCCCCCAAGCCGGCAAAAUCAUCCUCGCCAUCGGCCAGCAGAAAACCAACGUCGGCACACUCUGGUCCUCCGCGCUCUACGGCGCCGUCUGGCAAGGCCUCGACAAGAUCUGCCCGCCCGGCCGCUCUACCUGCCUACGGGACAGCCGCGGCGCCUACGAAACGCUCAAGCUGGACGUGCAGUACCUCGACGGCAACAUCCUGCAAUACGGGCCGUAUCUCGAGAUCCAAGUCCAGCAGACAAACCACCGCACGGAAGGCCUGCGCAAACUCAUGAUCGGCACGAUCGCGGGGACCUUGCAGAAGAGCACUGAGGAUGCGAAGAACUGCUGGGACUUUACGUAUGGGUUCCCGCUGCCGCAUCGCGGACGCCACUGCUUUGUUGGCCAUGUUGUUGGGGUUACGGCGGGAGACAGCUAUUUGACCGUGGGGAUUCGGUCGAGGGGCGAUGAGGGGGGCAAGUUCGAUUGCCCGGCUAUUCUCGAGCAGACGAAUAGGUACCUCGACGAGCUCAUGCCGGAGUACGAGCGCGAGCUGGGAGGCGGCCGUGUCGAGCGCGAUGUCUUUUGUCUGCAGAAGCCUAAGCUGGCUGAGGUGUAGAUGUCCAUUUUCUACGACGGUUCCAGAGAGAGGUAAAGGAUGGGUGAUGCGGGUUAGGAGGCUUUUCGGGGAAUAUGAAAGGUGGAGGACGGAG